UGGAACCAUGUUGCCUCUAAUUGGUGGAACCAUAUUACCUCCAAUUGGUGGAACCAUGUUACAUCUGACUGGUGGAACCAUGUUACCUCUAAAUGGUGGAUCAAUGUUACCUCUAAAUGGUGGAUCCAUGUUAUUUCCAACUGGUGGAACCAUGUUACCUCUAAAUGGUGGAUCCAUGUUAUUUCCAACUGGUGGAACCAUGUUACCUCUAAAUGGUGGAUCCAUGUUAUUUCCAACUGGUGGAACCAUGUUGCCUCUAACGUGCGGAACCACGUUACCUUGAUGAUGGAACAAUGUCUCCAAAGCUUGCUGACUCUGUUGCAGUGCUGUCUAGAGUUUUCUGGACUUCUUCGAAAGCGGCGUUGAUUUCUAGGACUAUUAUCACGACUCCUGUAUCUUUUUGUAGGUCUAGAGUCUUCUGGACUUCUUUGAGAGCGGCGUUGAAAUCUAGGACUAUUUUCCCGACUUCUGUCUCUUUCCUUGGAUCUGUUUACAGGUCUAGAUAA